AGCAAGUGGGAAGUGAGGGGGGAAGGUGGAAGGUCUCUCUCUGUUUUUUGGAGGUUUUUACAGCAGACAAGCAGUAGAUUUUCAGCUCUUUCUCUCUCUCUGCAGAUGGCGAUGGUGAUCGAUCGCAGCUUUCAGUUAUUUCCUGCUUUUCUUUGAUCGAUCAUGUUCCCCAAAUCUCCUGAUUUCUCACUCCUGAAUUCUUUUAUGUACCACUUCAAGGCACUGUGAUUUUCUGCCAUCUACCGCAUCAAGCUGAUACAAGUGGUCUUGGAUACCUUGUUUUGGUUCUGCUUCCUUCCCUUUGGAGCCAUAGUUGUAGCAUCCGCAUUUGAUUCACAGAAGUUCGGGGUGGCAUUUGGUGUGCCGAUUUCCAUCGGUUUCUUCUAAGCUUUGAUGGGUUCUAGAUUCCCAUCCCAUCAGCUCAGCAAUGGCCUUUAUGUUUCAGGCCGCCCUGAGCAGCCAAAGGAGAGGCCUCCGACAAUCAGCUCCACGGCCAUGCCUUACACAGGAGGAGAUAUCAAGAAGUCUGGGGAACUUGGAAAAAUGUUUGAUAUUCCUGUAGAUGGCUCAAGGUCAAGGAAGUCUGGACCGAUAGCUGGUGCCCCUUCACGGACUGGAUCAUUCGGAGGCACCGCUUCUCACUCAGGGCCAAUCAUGCCCAAUGUUGCAGCUCGGGCCAGCUAUUCUACCUCCGGUCCUGUGUCAUCUGCAGGAAUUCCCGGAUCUGCUUCAAUGGUCACAGGAGGAUCAAAUAGACAGAAGUCCAAUUCUGGCCCUCUUAACAGACACGGAGAUUCAAUUAAGAAGUCAUCGGGUCCUCAAUCUGGUGGGGUCACCCCAAUGGUCCGCCAAAAAUCAGGUCCUCUCACCCCGGUGCUCCCUGCCACAGGGCUCAUUACAUCUGGGCCUAUUUCUUCAGGGCCACUGAAUUCAUCCGGUGCCCCUCGGAAAGUAUCGGGUCCAUUGGAUUCUUUUGGAUCUAUGAAGCUACAUAAUGCUUCUAUAGCCCAUAAUCAAGCUGUUACUAAUCUUAGCCAGGAGGAUGACUAUUCCUUCAAGAGCAGCUUCCCAAAGUCAAUACUGUGGUCUGUGAUUUUGCUGUUUGUCAUGGGAUUCAUUGCUGGUGGUUUUAUUCUCGGAGCUGUCCACAAUGCCAUUCUUCUCAUUGUCGUUGUGGUUCUGUUCGGAGCCGUCGCUGCACUUUUCACUUGGAAUAAUUGUUGGGGAAGGAGAGCUGUCACAGGUUUCAUAGCCCGUUAUCCUGAUGCAGAGCUUCGAACCGCUAAAGAUGGGCAAUUUGUCAAAGUCUCUGGGGUAGUUACAUGUGGAAAUGUGCCCCUUGAAUCAUCCUUCCAAAAGGUCCCUAGAUGCGUGUACACAUCUACAAGUUUAUAUGAAUACAGGGGAUGGGAUUCAAAGGCUGCUAAUGCCAUGCAUCGCCGUUUCACUUGGGGACUCAGAUCUUUAGAGAGGCAUGUUGUCGACUUCUACAUCUCUGAUUUCCAGUCUGGUUUGAGAGCAUUGGUUAAAACAGGCUACGGUGCUAGGGUGACUCCAUAUGUUGAUGAGUCUAUCGUCGUUGACAUCAAUCAGAAGAACAGAGAAUUAUCUCCAGAAUUCGUUAGGUGGUUGGGGGAGAGGAACCUUUCGAGUGAUGAUCGUGUGAUGCGCCUAAAAGAAGGGUACAUCAAAGAAGGGAGCACUGUUAGUGUUAUGGGGGUCGUCCAGAGGAACGAUAACGUGCUGAUGAUUGUCCCACCUGCGGAACCCUUCUCGACAGGAUGCCAGUGGGCCAAGUGCAUCCUCCCAGCGAGUCUCGAAGGGAUCGUUUUGAGAUGUGAGGACACCUCAAAGAUUGACGUAAUACCGGUGUAAGGUGGGGCCGCAUCGUGUCUGUGAAUUGGGUUGUUGGGUCAAUUAUGGUGAUGGUGUUUUCAACUUGGGUGUAUAGCUUUUCUGUGCUUGUUCUUUUUAUUUUGUUUUUGUUAUUAAGGUGUGAAAGCUUUUGUAAUGAGGAUGGGUUGAUUACUAUAUAGGAGGGGGGAGGUGGUUGUGUUUGAAUUGGAGAGAGGAGUUGGGUUUUA